GCAGGGCUGGGCGUCUGAGGGCGUGCGGGGCGAAGGCUCGGUCUCGAUCGCAACGCGGCACAGGACAGCUCGACUAGUCGGUAGUGCCUUCCCUCAUCUCCGAUCCGCGCGAGCAGAGGCGGCGGCUCCACCACGAAGGCGAGAUGGAGGGCACUGCAAUAAGGUAGGCAGGGCAGUACAGUGAUGCGCUGUGACAAGACUGCUGAUCCCCGUGGUCCUGGGAAGGGAGGAGUUAAUCCCACUUCAUAAGUGUAUCGGAAGUCUGUGUACCUGCAUCAGCAGGAAGAUCAUUAUGUAAUGGAAGACAGAAGUUGUGUGUAUAUUUAUGGAAAUUGGGAAGAUGAGAGACUUAUGGCUAAUACUGUGGUGAGACAUCUGGGGGAGCUAGGAAAGUAAUUGACUGAGUUGUGGCAUGCUUAAGCUCCAGAUCUGCCAUUAUUUGCAAGGUUAAGAAAUGAGGAAUACCUUGGACUUGUGAGUAAAAACUGGUUGCUAAGUCAGAAAAGAAGUGCUUGCAGUUCUAUGCUCUUCCAUAAGACCAGCAUUUCCAUGAGCUUCUCUGCUUAUCACAAGUUGGGAAUCUCUUGGGAAAAUGGUCAGAAUGACUUGGGGUUUCAUGUGUUUCAAUUUCACACUGAAUGUGAAUGAGGCUUUAAAACAGAAGAAUUUUAACCCCACAUUGAGAAAGUCUUCUCACUUAUCUACCAGACGUUCAGUGUCCUGCAUUCAUGGAUGAAGUAAGUCAAUGGCAAUCUAUCAGUGGAAAGAUCUCCAAUAAAGCAAUAUAUUUGAAAGAAAACUCCUGGGGGGAAAAAUUAUAUAAAUUUAAGAAAUGUAAUUUGCUUUUCUUAAAUGAAUGAGUGUUGUGAAGUAAUAUGAUGAUUCUCUUAGUGGUAAGAUACGUGCGGUUGUGCUCAGAAUAUGAUCCUGUGCACGUAGCAGUAAUGUUGCAUGAAUGGCAGUAACUCAAAGUGCCUCCCUUCAAAUGGCAUUCAUAUUAAUAUCCUCUGCCAAGACAACACCAAAGAUAGGCUUCUGGUGGUCACUGAGACAGGGAUCCCAGUUGUUCCUUCCAGCUAGUACUUGCAAACAGGAUGUACUCCAGAAGAAGAAGAAUGCUGUCUUGGUGGAUGGAGUCAUCCUGAAUGGUCCAAUAACUGAUUCAAAAGCAGGAGAGAAAUUUGUGGAAGAGGCCUGUAAGAUCAUAAUGGAAAAAAUAAUCCAGAAAGCUGAUGAUGUUACAGAAAAGGUUUGUGAAUGGCGGGCCCCUGAAACACUGAAGAAGAUUCUUGAUCUGGAAAUGAGAGACACUGGAGAAUCUCAUCAGAAACUCUUGCAACUCUGCCAGGAUGUGAUACAGUACAGUGUCAAAACCAAUCAUCCAAGAUUUUACAAUCAGCUGUACGCUGGAAUAGAUUAUUACUCAUUAGUGGCUCGUUUCAUUACUGAAGCACUGAACCCAAGUGUAUAUACAUAUGAAGUAUCACCUGUAUUUCUGUUAGUGGAAGAAGCAGUCAUCAAGAAAAUGAUUGAAUUCAUAGGCUGGGAAGAAGGUGAUGGCAUAUUUAAUCCAGGUGGCUCUGUUUCUAAUAUGUAUGCUAUGAACUUAGCAAGAUACAAGUUUUGUCCAGAGAUAAAGGAAAAAGGGCUCUCAGGUUUGCCAAGACUAGUCCUGUUCACUUCGGAAGAGUGUCAUUACUCCAUGAAGAAGGCAGCCUCUUUCCUGGGUAUUGGUACGGAGAACGUUUACUUCAUCAAAACAGAUGAAAGAGGUAAGAUGAUACCUGAGGAACUGGAGAAACAAGUCCAACGGGCCAGGAAAGAGGGGUCAGCACCAUUUCUUGUCUGUGCUACUGCAGGCACAACAGUACUGGGAGCAUUUGAUCCUCUGGAUAAAAUUGCUGAUAUCUGUGAAAAGCAUCACCUCUGGCUUCAUGUUGACGCUUCUUGGGGCGGCUCAGCUUUGAUAUCAAGAAAGCAUCGCAGACUUCUUCAUGGUAUUCAAAGGGCAGAUUCUGUUGCCUGGAAUCCCCACAAAAUGCUGUUGGCAGGAAUUCAGUGCUGUGCUCUUCUGGUGAAAGACAACUCUGGCCUCCUGAAGAAGUGUUACUCUGCCAAGGCUGCAUACCUGUUCCAGCAGGACAAGUUCUAUGAUGUCAGCUAUGACACUGGUGACAAGUCCAUUCAGUGCAGCAGACGUCCAGAUGCAUUCAAAUUCUGGCUCAUGUGGAAAGCAUUGGGAACCACAGGCCUUGAGGAGAGAGUGAACAGAGCACUGGCUUUGGCUAGAUAUCUUGUGGAAGAAAUUAAGAAAAGAGAAGGAUUUCAGCUUCUUUUGGAGCCGGAGUACGCAAAUGUUUGUUUUUGGUACAUUCCACCAAGCUUAAGAAAAAUGGAGGAUGGACCUGAAUUUUGGCAGAAGCUACACCGGGUUGCUCCUGUAGUUAAAGAAAGGAUGAUGAAGAAGGGCAGCAUGAUGCUUGGGUACCAGCCUAACCAAGGCAAAGUCAACUUCUUCCGCCAGGUGGUGAUCAGCCCACAAGUGAGUCGAGAGGACAUGGACUUCUUGCUGGAUGAGAUAGAACUGCUUGCCAAGGACUUGUAGCUGUAACUCUACAGCACCGGGCACUGCUUGUGUGUGAUGAUUAUGGAGACAGAAUGGCAGCAGUGCUCUGGUGCUAUUGUGUGAAAGGUAGUAAAAAGCUUGACGUAUAGUUUGGAAACUAUCAUUUAACAUUGUGACGUUCAGAGUUUUGCAGGUAGAAUUCCCCUCCACGGGAAAGUAUUUGCUGAUGGAAGCUGGGACAGGGCAGUGCCUGCAGCACCACGGCCAUUCUGGGAAGUGUUUCCUAGAGCAGGGAGCACUUCUGAAAAUGGUGUCUUUAUCCCAGAGAGGGCUGCUAUUCAUGGGGUGCCUGCGUAGCUUGGACUGAUUGCUUAUAUAGGCAGGCAAUAUUCCUCUGAAGUUACUGUUAGUAGCGAAUUUAGCUCAGUGAGCUUUAAAACGCUCAUUAGUACUCUGUCUACUUUGUCAAUAUUUUAGUUUGGUAUGAAUUUAAGAGUACAGACCCGGCUGAUAUUUACACUGAUAAGACUGGAAAUUGUGAACUUCAAUGAAGAGUUCCUCAAG